GCACCUGGGAUGAAUCCCAUUCGGACCCAUGGACUUGUGUGGAUCUAGGUGGAGCAGCAAAUCCUGCACACACCCAGGGCCUCGAGGACCUGGACGUGAUGACUGCCGGCAGCACCACGCUGCCUCUUGUCUGUCCCCAGCGCUCCCCAGCUUGGGGUUCGGAACAGCCGCGGAUGGGCUGUGUCAGGAAAGCCACAGUGUUUCUCCCCACCUCCUGCCCCUGGUAGCCCUGGCUGUGACAGCACAGCCAUGACCUCACACCAUGCAAGACAAGGCCUCUGUGAGGUCAGGGCUGGCUGCUACUAAAAGCUCCACUGGCCAACGCCUGGCACUGUGGGCUGUGACUGCCCGGCUGAAAGGAGCUUGCGGUGUCCUGGCAGCUGUGUGCCCGUGGCAGGCGCGCUCCUCCUGCCGAUCAGUGUUGGCCUUCUUGCUGACUGCCCUUGCCCUGGGCAGAGUGUGCUUCUGUAGCUGAACAGGAAGAACUUCACAAGCAGAAGGCUUCACCAUGGAGACAAGGUCACAGAGGCGUUUGAGAGCCCCGCAGCAAAGAACCCCUGAGGAGCACUCAGGGGAGGAAGCAGGGCCCAGCCAGCUCCCCAGGAAUGGCCAAAGCAACACCCUGCAGAAGAAGAGGCUCUUCACGAUCCUCUUGACAGUUGUGGCUUCUUUCAUUGUUGGCUUCUCUGGGGCUUGUGUGGCAAGAAUGGGGCAGGAACAGCAGGAGCAAAAGGUGCUGCUGGAGCAGUGUUUGCCCGAAGUAGUGGCCGCAAUGAACAGGCUUGCUCAGCUGCGGGAUCAGAAUGCGAAGAUGCUCCAGGAGCACAGUGAGGUGGUGGCUCUGCUGACUGACGAGAUCAGCUCCCUGAAAAAGGAACUUCAGGACAUGCGAGACACAGUGUCUACGAACUCUUUUAAAAAGUCCAAACAGAUGCUUGACUGGGCUCUGAAAAGCACAGGGGCCACCAUCGACCUGCAAAGAUCUUCAAAGACAUACGCAUGGGACGGCAUGUGGUUGUGCAGGCUGUUCUGGCUGCUUUGUACCCCAAACACUCCAGACACUGUUCUGCAGCCGGAUGUUUCUCUGGGCAACUGCUGGGCUUUCCAAGGGUCUCAGGGACAGGUAGUCAUUAGGUUGCCUGCAAAAAUCCAAGCAGCCAUGGUCACCAUCCACCACACUUCAGAGAUGGACUCAGAGCUUGGGAAAUUCAGCAGUGCCCCCCGAGAUUUCACCAUCUCUGGAGUGGAUGAGGAAACAGAAGCUGAAACUCUGCUCGGGGCAUUCACCUAUGGCGUGCAGAAGAAGCCUAUGCAGACCUUCCCUCUGCAGAAGAUCCCCAGAGCCUUUCAGUUCAUCAAAAUUGUCAUACAGAGCAACUGGGGAAAUCCAGAAUACACCUGCAUUUACCGGGUGCAGGUGCAUGGGAGAGGAACGGCUACCAGUCAUUGGCCAGAAGACAUGUCUUCUGCCAAUAAGAAUAAAAACUGAUAACAAAAAACGAGAUGAGGGAUGUGGUUUGUCAGUCUGGUGCAAAGUGAUGUUUUUACACUGGCCCUCUCCAAGCUGCCAGUUCUUCCCUUUCGCAGGCUGAGGCCUUCCUCAGGCUCGCCCAGGGCACACAAUGGGCAGCGCCUACUGGGAACACCACUGGGGACUGUCCACCAACCUGAUGUUACCCUCUUUACAGCCACUCUUUGAGCCUGACCCUUCAGCCAGUUGUUCACCCCUUGUAUUAUGUUCUUCUCCAGCUGCAAAGCUGGGCAUUUUGUCCUGAAGGAUAUUGUGAGAGACGGUAUUAAAAGCUAUGCCAAAAUCCAGAAAAAAAAACACGCUUCCACUGCUUAAACUUCAUCCAGCCAGGUGCAUAACCUGGUCAGAAACAGAUAUUAAGCUCGUAAGGCAUGACUUGC